UGAUGCUUUCACUUUCGGGAAUACUAUCUCUCCUGCAUCCCUUUAGCAUGAGAGAGAUAGUACCCCAAGAAAUAGGAAGAUAACACCUUGCUGCUCCUGUACGGGUCCUGCAGUUGACUCAAUCUGCUGUGCAGACUGGUAUCCCAAAACUGAUAUCGGGGUUACCGACCAGUGCCUAGAGUGCAAUGCUUUGUGGCCAAUUUGCCACAAGUCUGCCUGGAUGAUACUUCAUUUUUAAUUCUGAGCUCAGUGUUUAGGGUGUAUAGUGGUCAUAUGAUCAUAAACCUUGAUUUUGCAUUCCAUUGAAUAACCAUAUCGGGUUUGUGUUCUUGUAUGUUCAUACAGUAAUUUAUCUAAUCGUACAAAAUCAGGGCAAGGGAUCCCUGGAAUUUGCACAUGGGUGAAUGUAACACAGGUUCAAUUGGCAGUAGUUUCUGAUUGGAGGAUUGCUGUAAUUGUGGGAAUUCCUGCUGGCUACAUCUGCGAUUGGCUGCAUUUCUAUCCAGAAAUGUCAAUAUGUAUUUGAGUGAUGACAAAAUAGGAUUGCCUGCGUACACAGAAAAUAUUGUUUGUGAGAGAAGCUCCAAGCAGUUCAUCCAGUUCAGCAAAAGUGCAUUAUGAAUCUAAAUUGAAGACUACCCUUGCCCAUGCAGCUACAGUGGUACCUUGGUUUAAGAACAGCCCUGUUUACAAACUAUUCGGGUUAAGAACUCCACAAAACCGGAAGUAGUGUCCCAGUUUACUAACUUUACCUUGGUCUAACAAUGGAAGCCGAACGGUUUAAGAGCACUGGCAGUGGGAGGCCUCAUUUGGGAAAGCGUGCCACUGUUUAAGAAUGGUUUCAGUUUAAGAACGGACUUCCAGAACGGAUUAAGUUUGUAAACCGAGGUACCACUGUAGUUUAUUUGGAGUCUUUAUGUAUAAGGGCAAUUCACACGUAACAGAAAAUACUGAAAUAAUCCUUUUCCUUUCAGCUGGCAAGACUCAUAUGUCUGCUUUCUAGCUUGGAUCCCUUCCCCACCCAAGUAAAUUUCCAAGCUGAUUUACUGCUUUGAGCAACAAUCCCUGUUUCCCACCCCUCAUUCGACUGUAUGUUGGGCUAGUUUUGCCUUUCUUUUAACACAUGGCUUGGCUGUCUGUCUUGUGCCAUCUAGAGAUGACACACACACCCCAAACAGAUUUUCCCCACCAGAGCAUCUGCUAGGAGAUUGUGACACACAAGAACACAAGAGCCCUGCUGGAUCAGGCCAGAGGCCCAGCUAGGCACUCGUGUUCUCACUGUGGUCCACCAACCAGGGGCUUGAGUCACAAGCUGACUUAAGUGCAACAGUGCUCUUCCCACUUGCAGUUCCGGACAACUUGGGGCUGGGUUGCAUGGGUUGAUCUGUAAGGGGUAUAUUGUUGUUAUGGUAAUUGCCCUGACUUGUGCCAGAAGGCUGGACUAGACAGCCACAGGUCCAGGUGGCUCCCUUCCAACUUCUUGGUUUGCAUUUAAGAGGAACUUUGAACAAUGUGGUCAAGGGUUUCCUUAUCUCAAGAGAUCUUUGUACAGUAUUGUGAUUAGAAGCCUUCCUGAAAGAUAUUGGUUAAUAUCAGUCUUGCCUGGGGAGGGGGGGUGUUCACAAAUGCAUACAUUCUCAUGUGCCUUACAAAAGCUUGCAGGACAAGGAUGUUUGCUGGAUUAUUUUCUUUUUAGCCUAUUCAUAUCCCUGUAGGGCAGGUACAAUGUCACUGACCUUUUGAAACCUCCAGCAUUUUUUUAAAGAGAGAGAGAGAGAGUACAGUACCCUGCUCUGCAUGUAAAAAUCUGUGGUUUGCAAGGUCAGUUCACAAGAUGGCAUGUCUCUAAAGCUAUAUUGUUAGUGUACACAGGCACUCCCUUCACAAAAGAUGAAUGGGCUUAAUCAUCUCUCUAGUUCAAGUUUUUUAAAGUGUUCUGAAAUUCCUUCAGGCUUUGAAAAAUCAUGUUGCUGCUUGUGAUUAGUUGUACUCCCCCCCCCCACCCAGCGCAUGAACAUGCAUGCCUCUUAGCUAAAGUGUGGGCCUUGGACAUGGGGAAACCCAAGUUCAAAUUCCUACUUGUGUAUGAAGCUUGGGGGCCAAAUUAGAUGUGAUACUGGGACACCUAUAUUUGGAACACACACAGUUUCUUAAAAGCUUACCCAGUAGUACAGUAGUGGCCAUGAGGACUCUUGCCCCCACUGUUGGGAUUUUACUACCAAAGGAAGAAGAUUUAACCUUUCAAUUGUUCAGUCAGAUAUAUCAAUUGAGUUGUUUGAUAGGGAUGAAAAGGUGUUUCUAAUUAGAGAACAGGCUUAAAACACACACAUUUUUAGCAGAAGUCCUGAUUAAAAACACACACCUGUAAAUGGUAAACACCAACAUAGGAGAAGUAUUUCUCUUCUCUCUCAAGGUGGAAUAAGACUCCGAAAGCGACAUAUAUGCUUUUUUAUUGAAAAUUGUUUUUACUAUGACCAUUGUUCUGUGUAGCUCAGAAUUGUCUGCACUUGCCAGCGGUGGCUCUCCAGGAUUGUAGGCAGAGAAGGGUCUUUUCUGACCCUACCUGGAGAUGCCAGAGAUUGAACCCAGGGCCUUCUACAACCUACACAGAAAACAUGCUCUGCCACUGAGCCACAGCCUUUCCCUGCAUCUUGUUUCUAUAAGAGUGCUAAGUUGUGUAUUGGGGUGUGUAUGUACAUCUGCAAGCCAAGCACGCACUCUCCUUGUGUUUAGAAUCUUUUAAAUUGAAUUUCACAGUUGAGUCUUAUCACCUCAUGCAAUACUUUUUUCAUGAAGUGGGAGCCACAGAACAUUGGGUAGUGGUAUGAGGGUGGCUAACAAGAGUUCAGUUGUUAGAGCAUGAGACUCUUAAUCUCAGGGUUGUGGGUUUGAGCCCCGCAUUGGGCAAAAGAUUCCUGCAUUACAAGGGGUUGGAUUAGAUGACCCUUGUGAACCCUUCCAACUCUACAAUUCUAUGAUUCUGCCCUAGAUAAUUUCUGUCAAACAGCUUCCCCUUGUACCUGUACUCCUAUUCAGAAUGGCCUCCAUCCUCCUACACCCAUCUGUUGUUCAGCCGCAAGCCUGCUUUGCAGAAGCGGGGGUAUUUUUGCACUGUGAUUUUUAGAGACUCGUAUCUAAAAGUCACAGUGUACCGGUAGUGCUAGAAAAAAAUGUUUCAUUUUAUUUAUUUAUUAGAGCAUUUAUAGCACGCUGAUCGAGUACACCACUUAGGCAGAUUACAACAUAUUAAAUGACAAUUUCCUAAGAAAAAUAAUGCCGUUACGAAAAAGAUGGGUUAGUAGUUCUAAAAGAAAACCCUACAAUGUUUGUGUGAUCUUAAGAACAGCUUUUAAGAGGUGUUAGGGCUGAGUCUAACCAUUGUGUGAGGUUCUACUUGCAAUCGUUUUGUAGGGAAGAAAGAUCUUUCUCUUGUGUGUUUACUAGUCAACAGGGCUGGGUCAAGGCAUUUUGCUGCCUGAGGCAAUGGACAAGGUGUCACUUCCCCAUUCCAUAUACAGAAGCCAACUGGGCUGGCACUUGAAUUAAACAGGGAGGCUAUCCUUCACUGCAUAAGAAUGCAGGAGGCUAGUUUUGGGACGUGGUAAUCCAUGUGGCACACAGCUCUGUCUUCCCCACCACUUUGACCCCGUCCCCAGCUUCUGCUUCCUCAGGUGGAUGACGAACUCUUGCCUAAUCACAGGGCCAUGGCAGUGCGCUGCUAGUGUAUAUAGUUGUAUAACUAAGAGAACAAGAGAGAAUGAUUGUUUAUUCCCAUCCUACGAGAAACACCAAGGUAGGCAGCGAAUGCUCAAUCACAACCUGCUUGGCCAGAAAGCAACCCACUGAGGCAUACCGGUAGAUGCAUUCAGCAAAACACAGGCACCUAGAAUUAGAACAGGUGGCAGUGGUUGGAGUGGAGGUGCUGAAUGCAACUUUCACACUGUUACAAGGCAACAGAAGCCCUUUCUAAAUACUUUCUGUUGGAAAUAUGUUUUAUCAUAGCAGGAUAUUUUGGUGGGGUGCUACUGAGAACUCAGGACAAGGAAGAUGUGGUGGCCUCAAAGUCUGGCACACCCCUUUGGCAAACAAUAUAAUGUCAAUAUAUUUAGCUGCUUCUAGGAGCUCAUGUUCUACAGCAAAAGUCUUGGGUAUUUUUUGUUUGUUUUUUGGAAGAUCCAGUGAUUAUCCUGAUGUUGCCACAAGCUAGGCUUGUCAUAAUUCCUCAUUACUUGGGCCAUAAACACACCAAGCUUCCUGCUGAUUGUAUUAAGCCAACGAGGCAAUGUUUCUUAAGGUGCUCUGGUGAGUAGAGGAAGUGGGGUACUGCUCUUCCUGAUGUGCUAUGGAUGAAGAGACUAUUUUGGUGCCUGGGGAAAGAUGCAGCUAUUGGCUUUCCAUAUCCAAUAGGGGUGGGAAAUCUGGCCCUUCAAAUGUUGUUGUACCACAGUUUCCCAUGGUCUCUGAGCACUGGCUAUGCUGGCAGGGGCUGAUGGGAGUUGGGAGUUCAACAGUAUCUGGAGGACCACAGGUUCCCCUCCCCUGAUAUACAGAGCAUCACCAGCAGCUGUAAGAAAGGGAUUCCUGACUUUCUUGGCACAUGGGAGAAAAGUCUUAGCUGGUACAGAAACCCCAAUAUGUAGUAUAUCAGUCCUUGCUGCUACCUGGAUGAAGCUGACUGCUGGAGAUGUCAGCAGAAGGCUGGUUUUCAAGGUGUAGCAGCUGAUCCUUGCCAAGUGUUAACCUUAGAAAGCAGUGGCGUAGCGGGUGUACAUGGGAGCCCCUGGGCACUUGUGCCUGCAGUAAAGUAUUUAGACCCAGCCCCUUUGUGACUGCAUUUCCCUCCAUCACCUGACAAGCUGCCCCUGAAACUCAAGUGACCUUCAGAAGCGCACAGCUUGUGAUGUUGUUCAAGGCAAGGUUGCAGAAAAACUUUAAGAUGUCCAAGGCUAAGGGGUUCCAUUUUUCAUCAUAUUCUAAACCACAGGUGUGGAAGUGCAAUCUUACAGAUGUUGUUGGACUCCAGCUCCCAUCAGCCAGUAUGGGAAAUGACCAGGAAUGAUGAGAGUUAUAGUCCCAAUGACAUCUGGAGGCCACAGGUUCCCUUACAGCUGCUCUUUACCCAUGCAUACUUGCCUGUCUUUCUGCCACCGAAGGAUUUUUGGAUAUAUAUCUCCAUCUAACACACACACACACACACACACACAGGAAGUUCACGUGAGUCAACAAAGCUUACUUUUGGAUAGAUGUGUAUCCACACUUAGGUUGUACUCUAAGCUCCCAAAGAGAGCUUAGUGAUUGUUCCUGCUAAAUAAAGCAAAAAUAGUUAUUAUUGAAUUAAUUUGUAAUUUAAUUAUUCUGCUUUUAGCAUUUUAAAUUCAAAACAAAUAGAUGGCUGUUACAUUUUAAAGCUACAAAUACAAAUACAUCAACAUGCAAUACUAUUGACUUUCCCCAAGUGUAUUUUGUUUCAACUACACAGACCUGUGAGUCACGUAAGCUUUGCAGCACUCAGCAGCUUGGAGUGCUAAAGUGCUCCUAUGUCUAGACAUGCUAGCAGCAUUCUCCCUGUGAUUGUAUUUGUGCCAGCAGUAUUCUCCUUUAAUGAUAAAAAUGAUCUGGAGAACGUGCAUGCCUUUUUAAGGCAGUUUCUGAUUAUCAGGCACCUAUUACAACACAAUUUGUAAUCUUUUUUUUUUAAAAAAAGUUGUGUCAGCUGACCUGUCAAAUUAUUCCCCACCUUUUUUAUUCUGUCUUGAAAGACUACAGAAAGGGCUGAUUUAUAUUCUCUCUCUUCUCCUACCCCCACUCCUACUGUUGCAGGACCAAAUAGCUCCCUCUGCUAUUGGGAAUGCCUUUUGCAAGUGCUGAUGGGAUGUGCUACUUAAGACCUGACAGCAGCUUUUAAAUCUGGAGGUACUUUCCAGAGAAGUUUUGUUUCCCUUCCAAGGCAGGCCUUCAAGAUGUGGACAGCUGUUGGGUCUUUUCUGUUGAUCUCCUUAUGUGUGUCUGAAAACGGCAGCUCCAUCUUAAAGAAGACGGGGGUCCAGGUAACACAUGUACAUCUGCUCAGCAGUGAAAAGCAUUGCAAGCAAGCUUGUAAAGGCCCAACAGCAUCAGGUAAUCUCUACUGCUGGUCAGUGCUGUAUCAGAGCCGCUGUGUCCUCUUGCGCUGUCCUCAGCUGAGUGCAUGUCAGAACGCCAGCACACAGGAUGUUAAAGAACUAAUGGGAGCUUCUCCCCUCCUGCUUUUUGCUAACCGGAGAGAUGUCAGACUGGUGGAUGCUGGAGGAGUGAAGAUGGAAUCAACUGUUGUUGUCAGUGGCUUAGAAGAUGCUGCAGCAGUGGACUUCAUGUACUCACAGGGUGUUAUUUACUGGACAGAUGUGAGCGAAGAAGCCAUCAAGCAGACUUAUUUUAACCAAACUGGGAACCUGGUGCAGAACGUCAUAGUGUCAGGUCUGGUUUCCCCAGAUGGCUUGGCAUGUGACUGGAUUGGGAAAAAAUUGUACUGGACAGACUCUGAAACAAAUAGGAUAGAAGUUGCUAAUCUCAAUGGAACAUCUAGAAAAGUUCUCUUUUGGCAAGACCUUGACCAGCCAAGAGCAAUAGCCCUGGAUCCAGCUCAUGGGUACAUGUAUUGGACAGACUGGGGGGAAACGCCUAGAAUAGAGCGUGCUGGAAUGGACAGCAGUGUUCGGAAAAUAAUUGUGAAUUCUGACAUUUACUGGCCUAAUGGACUCACCAUAGAUCUUGAGGAACAAAAGCUUUAUUGGGCUGAUGCAAAACUGAGCUUCAUUCACAGAGCGAAUCUGGACGGCUCUUUCAGGCAAAAAGUUGUGGAAGGUAGCCUCACACACCCAUUUGCACUGACGCUGGCUGGGGAUACUUUGUACUGGACGGACUGGCAGACUCGCUCCAUUCAUGCCUGCAACAAAAGGACCGGAGAGAAAAGGAGAGAAAUACUAAGUGCGCUGUACUCGCCAAUGGAUAUCCAGGUUUUGAGCCCUGAAAGGCAGCCGUAUUUUCAUACACCCUGUGAAGAUAAUAAUGGGGGCUGCUCCCAUUUGUGCCUGUUAUCUCCAAGAGACCCCUUUUACAGCUGUAACUGUCCCACUGGAGUCCAGCUUGAAGAAGAUGGCAGGACCUGCAAAGCGGGUGCUGAAGAAGUGCUUUUGCUUGCCAGAAGAACAGAUUUACGAAGAAUUUCCUUGGACAUGCCAGAUUUCACUGACAUCAUUUUGCAAAUAGAUAAUAUCAGGCAUGCUAUUGCAAUAGACUAUGAUCCUGUGGAGGGUUAUAUAUACUGGACUGAUGAUGAUGUCAGAGCCAUUCGUCGGGCUUUUCUCGAUGGGUCCGGAGCCCAAACCCUUGUAACGACAGAAGUAAAUCACCCUGAUGGUAUAGCUGUAGACUGGGUGGCUAGAAACUUGUACUGGACCGACACUGGUACCGAUCGCAUUGAAGUUACACGGCUGAAUGGGACAUCGAGGAAGAUCAUUAUAUCGGAAAACCUAGAUGAACCUAGAGCAAUAGUGCUUAAUCCAGUGAUGGGCUAUAUGUAUUGGACAGACUGGGGUGAAAAUCCGAAGAUUGAGUCUGCUUACUUAGAUGGUUCUGAGAGGAAAGUUUUGGUGAAUACAUCAUUAGGGUGGCCUAAUGGUUUGGCAUUGGAUCUUGAAGAAAAUAAACUUUACUGGGGAGAUGCGAAGACCGACAAAAUUGAGGUAAUAAACAUGGAUGGAACCAUGAGAAAAACUCUCAUAGAAGAUAAACUUCCACAUAUAUUUGGAUUUACUUUGCUGGGUGACUACAUCUACUGGACAGACUGGCAGAGGCGGAGCAUUGAAAGAGUUCACAAAAUAAGGGCAAGCAGGGACAUAAUCAUUGAUCAGUUGCCAGACCUGAUGGGCCUUAAAGCGGCACGUGUCACUAAAGCUGUUGGAACAAAUCCAUGUGCCGAGAACAAUGGAGGCUGCAGCCACCUGUGUUUCUUCACACCUCAGGAGUGCAGAUGUGCCUGUCCCAUUGGAUUGGAGCUGCUCAAUGACAUGAAGACCUGCAUCAUUCCAGAAGCCUUUCUUGUUUUCACCAGCAGAGCAGCCAUUCAUAGGAUUUCUCUUGAAACAAACAAUAACGACGUAGCCAUUCCUCUUACUGGUGUCAAGGAAGCUUCUGCACUAGACUUUGAUGUGUCUGACAACAGAAUCUAUUGGACAGAUAUUAGUUUGAAGACAAUAAGCCGAGCUUUCAUGAAUGGGAGUGCAAUUGAGCACGUGAUUGAGUUUGGCUUGGAUUACCCUGAAGGAAUGGCUGUGGACUGGAUGGGGAAGAACCUUUAUUGGGCAGAUACCGGGACCAAUAGAAUUGAAGUGGCGCGGUUGGAUGGGCUGUACCGACAAGUUCUGGUGUGGAAGGAUUUGGACAACCCAAGGUCUUUAGCUCUUGAUCCAUCUAAAGGGUACAUGUAUUGGACAGAGUGGGGUGGCAAACCAAAGAUUGUUCGGGCAUACAUGGAUGGAACAAACAGCAUCACUCUUGUGGAUAAAGUGGGCCGUGCCAACGAUCUCACUAUUGAUUAUGAAGAUCAAAGACUCUAUUGGACUGACCUUGACACAAGCAUGAUUGAAUCUUCAAAUAUGCUUGGACAAGAGAGGGAAAUAAUAGCUGAUGAUCUACCUCAUCCCUUUGGCCUAACUCAGUACAGUGACUUCAUCUACUGGACAGAUUGGAACCUUCACAGCAUAGAAAGAGCAGACAAGACAAAUGGGAGGAACCGGACGCUAAUCCAGGGACGUCUGGAUUUUGUGAUGGAUAUAUUGGUUUUCCACUCAUCGCGGCAAGAUGGCUUCAAUGAUUGUGUACAAAACAAUGGGCACUGUGGGCAGCUGUGCCUGGCUGUACCCAAUGGCUAUACUUGUGGCUGUGCAUCUCACUACACUUUGGAUCCCAACAGCCGGAACUGCAGUUCACCUAGCAGCUUCUUGCUGUUUAGUCAGAAGACUGCAAUAAGUCGGAUGAUACCAGAUGAUCAGCAGAGCCCAGACAUCAUCCUUCCUAUCCAUGGUCUAAGAAAUGUCAAGGCUAUUGAUUAUGAUCCAUUGGAUAAAUUUAUCUAUUGGGUAGAUGGACGCCAGAAUAUUAUUAAAAGAGCCAAAGAUGAUGGCACUCAGCCUUUCACAGUCAUGAGUACUCCCAACCAAAGCCAAAAUCCAGAAAAGCAGCCACAUGACCUGAGUAUUGAUAUUUUCAGCCAUACUUUGUACUGGACCUGUGAAGCCACAAAUACGGUCAACGUUUACAGACUCAAUGGGGAGCAGAUUGGAGUUGUGCUACGGGGAGACCAUGACAAGCCAAGGGCCAUAGUAGUAAAUGCUGAGCGAGGAUAUAUGUAUUUCACCAAUAUGCAAGAACGAGCCCCGAAGAUUGAGCGUGCAGCCUUGGAUGGAACAGAACGAGAGGUUCUCUUCACUACUGGCUUGCUCCGGCCUGUUGCCCUGGUGGUUGACAACAAGCUGGGGAAGCUUUUUUGGGUAGAUGCAGAUCUCAAGCGAAUUGAAAGCUGUGAUUUAUCAGGAGCAAAUCGUGUGACACUACAAGAUGCCAACAUUCUUCAGCCAAUGGGACUGACAGUAUUGGGAAAUCAUCUCUACUGGAUUGACCGCCAGCAGCAGAUGAUAGAAAGAGCUGAGAAAACUAAUGGGUACAAGAGGACAAGAAUACAAGGUCGAAUAGUUCAUCUAACUGGCAUUCAUGCAGUUGAAGACAUCGACAUGGAGGAAUUUUCUGCACACCCCUGUUCCCGGGACAACGGUGGAUGUUCACACAUCUGCAUAGCGAAAGGAGAUGGAACGCCAAGGUGCUCCUGCCCAGUUCAUUUGGUCCUUCUACAGAACCUCUUAACAUGUGGAGAGCCUCCCACAUGUUCUCCAGACCAGUUCACCUGUGCAACUGGGGAGAUAGACUGCAUCCCUAUGGCAUGGCGAUGUGAUGGGUUUCCUGAAUGUGAUGAUCAGAGUGAUGAAGACAGCUGCCCAAUUUGUUCAGCAUCCCAGUUCCAGUGUGAGAAAGGGCAGUGCAUUGAUGCACGUUUGAGAUGUAAUGGAGAAAUUGAUUGCCAAGAUAAAUCUGAUGAAGCUGAUUGUGAAACAAUUUGUCUCCCAAAUCAGUUUCGAUGUGCCAGUGGCCAGUGCAUUCUCAUAAAGCAGCAAUGUGACUCCUUUCCAGACUGCAAUGAUGGCUCUGAUGAACUUGCAUGCGUAAAAAGUAAAUUGCCUUCCGAUGAGUCACAGCCCCACAGCAGUGCUAUUGGGCCUGUCAUUGGUAUCAUUCUUACGCUUUUCGUUAUGGGAUCAAUGUACUUCGUUUGCCAGCGAGUGGUAUGCCAGCGCUAUGCUGGACCCAAUGGACCUUUCCCACAUGAAUACGUCAGUGGCACUCCUCAUGUCCCCUUAAAUUUUAUCGCUCCAGGGAGUUCUCAGCAUGGCACAUUCACUGGCAUCUCUUGUGGAAAAUCUAUGAUCAGCUCCAUGAGCCUGAUGGGGGGAAGUAGCGGUGCCCCUCUUUAUGACAGAAACCACGUGACCGGGGCCUCCUCUAGUAGCUCAUCCAGCACUAAAGCCACCUUCUAUCCACAGAUUCUGAACCCACCGCCUUCACCAGCCACGGAUCGCUCCCUCUAUAACACAGAAAUGUUCUAUUCUUCAAACAUUCCUUCAACAACAAGAUCUUACAGGCCCUAUCUUAUACGGGGGAUAGCUCCACCAACUACUCCGUGCAGCACUGAUGUCUGUGACAGUGACUACACCACGAGCCGGUGGAAAGCCAAUAAAUACUACAUAGACCUAAAUUCAGACUCAGACCCUUAUCCCCCUCCUCCUACCCCUCGCAGCCAGUACAUGUCAGCGGAAGAGAGCUGCCCGCCGUCUCCCGCCACAGAGCGAAGUUACUUCCACCUCUACCCGCCUCCCCCGUCCCCUUGUACAGACUCUUCUUGAUUUCAGCAGAAGGAACUUAUCUUUUUCCUGUAAAUAUAUUUUAAAUAUGAACACAGAUUUUUAAAUAUAUAUUUUAUGAUCUAAAAAAUGGGGUGGGAACUUUUAAAAUGUGAAUAAAAAUGGGUGGGGCCAGGGCUGUGAAAAUUGUACAGCGGAAUAAUAUUUAUAAGUUGUGUUUUGUUUUUUUUAAUUUAAUAUCCAUUCUUUUUGUGCCAUAUUUUGCCUUUGCAUUGAAGUCACAAAAUUAAAUCGACCUCCAAAGGAGGUGGGAAAUGGGGCGUAGAUACCUGGAGCUUUUGAAAUUGCCGUUUUGAUUCAGUAAAGGGGAAUGUACAAGGGGCGGCUGGGGUGUGUGUGUGUGUCAAGUAACAAAAAAGAAGGAGUAAAGAUACUGUGUGAAUGAAUGGCAAAGUUGUGUGAAAAAUACAUCCGGGAUAUUUUUAUUUUUUAUUUACUUGAUCAUAGGUAAUUAACCACAAAAAACGUACUUUUCUUUGGGGAUGCUGCAUUCCAAAAGAAAACGAGAAGAAGAAGAAGAAAAGUCUGUCCCCCUGUUUUUAUUCCAUCAUUUGCUUUCCAGAGAAAGCUGUCCAGGGGUCAAAGUGGAAUUCUGAAACGCUCUCUCACUUUAUACAUUGCAAACCACUUUUCGCUGGGAUGAAAUAAGCAUGCAGCCAGCCCACUGGACACCGUUGUGCUGCACAAAGUCCUGUCAGGGUUCUGAGAACUUGAGUGUCAUUUUGGGGGGGGGGGUAAAGGAAACUGCUUUAAUGAGAAGAAGUCCUGAGUUCGGCUUUGCAGUUGCCAGGAAGGCAUGUGGCUAAGAGACGUAUAAUAGAAAUGGAAAUGGAAAAUCCAAAAAGUGAUACCACUAUCUGUUACCAUGCUCAUCUAAAAGGUCACAAUGCGCCAGCUUCUGAGAGAUUUCUCUUCUACCCCCACCCCGGCCCACUUUUUUUUUUCUCCCAGUGAGUUUUUGCACGAAAAUUCCAAGCUUUUAUAAAAGAAUUUAUUUCCAAAAUUAUGACAGACAUACUUAGUUGAUUUUUUUAUUAAAAAACGCAGCGAUUUAAAAAACUCCAGUUCAUUGAGCAACAGAUUUAUGUAAUUGUGUGCGGAUUAAUGAAUAUCAGAUACAUUUUCUUCUGUCAUAUGCAGGAAGGGGUACCUUUUCUGGAAUGAUGCCUGUCGUAAAAAUCAGGAUGCAUCAUCUAUAAAGAGCAUGUACACAUUUUCCAGAAAUAUUGCUUUUGUUCACCUGCAGACUUACUCAGGUUUAGUUGACUAAUCUGUUGAAACUCAUGUGCUUCAUCUAGCUUCAUUUGCAUCAAGAGGUGCAUGUCUGUAGUACAUUUUUGCUUGAAUGGGCUUCUUCUCAUCACUUUGCAAUACAGAUCUGUCCUUUAUUUGAAACUGAAUAAGCAAGCCUCCUCUUGACAUUCGGCUCUCCCACACCUGCUGAAUCAGGGCACAUUUCAAAUCUGUUUUUGCGCUUAGGAAGAGAGCAGCACUUCUUGUGCUAUCUGCCUCUAGGUUUGCCUUUUUCAGUGUUCAGACUGUACAGAAUGUUUGGAAACUUAAGUUUUGUGAGGGCUACAAUGUGAACAAGUAAUGAUAAGGAAAGGAAAGAAAGAACUAAAAUUACAAUAUGUUUUCACAGCUGCAGAACAGCAGGUGCAGCAGACUUUUGAACAGCCUUAAUGGCACUGACAAGGAUGAAAAAUGUUCCUUUUUGAACUCAUAGCUGAUUUUUUUGCAAAUAUUUUUUGGCUGAGCAUGAUGUGAAAUUCCUGCAAACCCUCACCACUAUUUCCUAUUUUACUGAGCGGGUGGAGUUUGACAUUGGAUGUUUAUCUUACCAUUCCUUUCCUUAAAUCUGUGCUUCCUAAGCAUUUGGACCUAUGCUUGGAUUCGGCGGGACGGGGUGGGGUGUGUCCCUCAAGAAAUUAUCCUUUCCUUCUCUUGCAAAGUUUCAGCAUGGUGGAUGGAGAACUAUAUUUGCAAAUACUAACUCCACAAAUACUGCAAAUGUCUGUGGAUACCGCAAAAUCAGUAUCCUACUCCUAUAAACUGUAAGGUGCCGUAGACAUGAGGGUUCUAGCAACUUCCAGCACAGGCUCUGCUCGCAGUAAGGCAUGUAGUUGGCUCUGGUCAAAGUCAUUCAUAACAGCAUCUUAACUUGUUAAGUAUUCUCAACAAAUCCCUGAUUAAUGAUGUAAACUGAGAAGCAGGAAAGAAAGGCCAUAUCCAAUUGUCUCAUAUCCAACUAAAUUAUAAGCAAAACAUGCAUGUAUAUUUUAUGGUUGAGAGAUUUCCACCCCGUUGUUUGACUUCAGCAUAACUGUGUUUAAACUUUCAUGUGGCAUUUGUAAAGAGGCUGCUAUUUUAACUCUUAACAUUGCAGGCCUAAUUUAUGGUUGUCUUGCAAGUGACACUGAACGUUAAAAGACAGACAUUUCAAUAAACUGCUGAUUUCAAAAGAAAGAAAAUAAAUCCACAAAUUAUUGGGGAUGUUCCCCUACAUUUUCGGAAACUCGUUAUUGUGCAGUGAGCAGAACAGAGAACCAUAAGCAGAUGGGAAAUAGCUACUGUUGCUCUUAGUGAAGGCCAGUCCUAUACUGUAGUAGUUUCUGCACGUGCAUGAGAUUUUGUAAACUUGCACAAACAGAACACCAUCUUUGGAUUUGGCUUCAUUUUUUCACAAGGGUGAGAUGUAAAAUGCAUUUGCAUCCAGCCCAUGGUCUUCACAGAACAAGAGAAAAUAUUAUGUUAGGUUUUCUUGACCAAAGCUGUAUUGCUUGAGUUACAGCCCAUUGAUUUCAACAAGUCUGUUUAAGAAUUUGCAGGAUUGUGGUUACUAAAUUUUGGUAUGAAAUGCUGCAACGUUUUCAAAGAAUCAAAUGGUAUCAUUGCAGAGAAGUGCACACCACACUUUCAUCACUUGGGGUCACCUUUCCGUCUAGUAUAUCCAAGGAAAUGUGAUUCCCCUCCCCUCUUUCACAAACCCCCACUAAUGGAGAGUUAGAAUUUGUGAUGAGUGCAGAAGUCUUUCAUUUCGCAUGUUCUGAGCCUCAUAUUGGUCAGUUUCAUUGGAUAACCCUGGGCUCUUGUCUUCUGAGAAGAAAUGUCUUUGCUUUAUAGUUUGCCUGUAAUUGACAUACUUUGAGCCAGCAGAGCCAUCAAGUGCAUUUCCAGUAAAUGAACAGCAUGAAAGCGUUUGUUGCGCAGCCCUGAAUUUUAAUUUUUAAAUAUAUACUCGUCAGUACUGUGGGUUAGGCUAGAAUUCAUUUCCUUAUUUGACAUAGGUCUCGGGGCAACACACUGCGGCACAGAGGAACAUGUGACACACGAAGUCAAACAAUCAAUUUUGGACAAACAUUCAAUUUU